CUCUCCGCCGCCGCCGCAGACGGACGCGCCUCUCCACUAGCUGCGCUGUCUGCCGCCCGCCACACGUGCUGCACGUAAACACGACGCGCCGACCCGCUCUGCGCGCCGUCUCAGGUGACAACCUACAGUGAUAGUAGAACUAUCAGGGCUCUUGGUCGAAGGCGAUCUACAUGGCUGAAUAGGGCUGUACAGCGUGUUGGUUUUUUUGUGGCGUGUGAAACGUUUUUGGAAAUGCAUCAAAGGAUAUUGUGGUGAUUAAACACAGUGAAUGACGAUAGCAUAGUUCGUGUGUCUGAAGAUAGUGAAGCGAGAACUUCAAACUCAUUCCACUUCGUUUCGUAAAUUGAGAGGUAAUCCAAUUUCGUUGUGAAACUUGCUGCACUUACGCAGACAACUGAUUAUUAUGUCGGAGUACUAGCCUAUGGGAACUCAAAACUAAUAAUAGUAUACAAGACUUAAGUAUUUAAUUAUAUGUUUUUGAGACACGGCUUAUGCCACUAGAUUUCGUGCAAACUGUAGCAGUAGCUAGCAUUGAAACAAGAAUAUUUCACCUUUAGGAGUGGAUACUUGCGUAUGAGGAACUAUUGUAAGGGUAAAGUAACGUUUAAUUCGUACUGCUGCAGUAGGUACUGGUAACAUCUGAAGUGUGGAGAGGUCGUCAUAGCGUGUAGAAGCACAAUUGAGAACUGGAAUUAUUGAUUUGCAACUGAAAACAUUGUUUGCGGUUAGGUCGGGAGUGUAAAAGAAGCUGUUUAAAGAGUAAAGAAUUGAAGACAGAGAGUAAUUGACAUAGAAGAUCGCUCUAGAGCGAUUGAAGAUGUGGUCUCAGACGGAAUGUGUCGCGUGUAGGUUGUGCGCCUCACAGAGGAGCAGCGGCCGGUCACCGCCUGCGUCCCCCGUCCGCGUGUGAUCCGCGCCGGCGCGCACGUGCCGCUUAACCCGCGCCAUGUCUUACAACUCGUCGUACCUGUGGGGCAACGACAGCGCGCCCGGAGGCUGGGGCGGCCGCUUCUUCUUCUCGUUCUACAGCGAGCUGGGCGAGCGGCGCGCCGCGGCGCUGGCCGAGGUGUGCCUGCUGUCGCUGACGCUGCUCGCGUCGCUGGUGGCGAACGCGGGCAUCGCAGCCGCCGUGCUGCGCUACCGCGAGCUGCGCACCGUCACCAACUGCUUCCUGCUCAACCUGGCCGCCGCCGACGUCGUCUUCGCGCUCGGCAUCCCCGCCGUCGCCAUGUCGCGCCUGCAGCGCGGCUGGCAGCUGGGCGACGGCGUCUGCCGCGCGCUCCCCUACUCGCAGUUCGUGUGCGGCUUCGUGCUGCUGUGGACGCUGACGCUCAUCUCGAUGGACCGGCACCGCUGCAUCGUGGUGCCGCCGUACCGGUCGCGCCUCACGCCGCGGCUCGCCUCGCUGCUCACGGCCGCCACCUGGCUGCUCGCCGCCGUGCUCUUCCUGCCCGUCGCCUUCUGGUUCCGAGAGCAGCCGGUGGAGGCGGAGGGCGGGGAGCAGCUGUCGGUGUGCACGCUGGUGUUCCCGCGCUCGGACACGGUAAACCUGUCGCUGUGCUUCACGGUGCCGGUGCUGAUCGUGGCCUGCCUGCUCCCCAUGGGCCUCCUCGUCUAUCACUACCAGCGCAUCUUCAACAAGCUGCUGGCCUCCCGCAGCCGCUGGGCCGUGCCGUGCGUCGCCAGCUCCGGCGGAGGCGGCGGGGGCGUCAACGUGGCACCCGACUGCGACUCGUCGGGCACUCCCACAGCCACCAACAAUAACAACAACAAUAACAACAACAGCGCGCAGGCGCUGCGGCGCGACAGCGACCUGAGCUUCGUGGGCAGCCUGAUGAUGCCGUGGGCGCGCAAGGUGUCGGGCGCGAGCCAGGCGUCGGGCGGCGGCGUGGGCGGGCACCAGGCGCGCGCCGGCUCGCUGUCGCAGCACGAGGAGCUGCGCCUCAGCAAGCACCUGCGCGUGGUGCGCGUGCUGCUGCUGAAUGUGCUGGUCGUGCUGCUCAUGUGGCUGCCCAUCACCAUCAUGAUGUUCCUCAUCUACGUGGACGGCAGCCGCCCCAACGAGGACACCGCCUUCUUCCUGCGCUCCCACCACUUCGUAUGGUCGCUGCUCGUCGCGCUGCUCAACACCGUGGUAAACCCGCUGCUGUACGGCGUCCUCUCCGAGAACUUCCGCGCCUGCUUCGCCAGGAUGUGGCUGGGCGGCCGCGGCCGGCGCCGGCGGCAGCGCGAGCUGAUGCGCGGCUGCGGGGGCGGCGGCGGCGGCGGCGGCGGCUGCGGGGGCAGCAAGUCCAACGCCGCAGACGCCUUCGGCGGCAUCGCCAACCGGACGCCCAGCAGCGGCCGCGCCAACGGCUACGUCACAGCGUCGGGUGCCAAGUUCGCCAAGAAGAUGAGCGGCUGCAGCAUCGGCUCGGUGCUGGAGCUGCCGAGCGGGCAGAUGGUCUGAGUUCCGUGAUGGUCGCACCGCUGGUGCAGCGUCUCCAACGCACUGUCGGCGGAAUCUCCGAAUUUGUCGCUCACUGUAGACGUGUCGGAAAUAGCCGUCAGAUAAAGGGCCUACCACGGAGGCUUUCUGCAUAGAGGAGUUCUAAGCACGUACGAGGUGCAAUUAUCUUUUCAGUGGCCUCGCUUAGCUCAGGAUAUAGGCACUUUCCAACUGUGAAGCUGAAAGCCGCCUUCUCCUUCUACGCAGUGACACAGCAUAGCUCUGACUGCGCCAGUUAUCUAGAUCUCUUAAGUUCUACGAAAAAUAGGUGUAGCACAAGCAGGACAUAUUCUAUGCUCCAAAUGUAUUGUGUUUGCGGCCACCUCGAAUGAAAUCUGUCAUUCAUUAAUUGUGUCAGUAAGAGAGAAAGCAGGGAAAGAAACAAAUUUUUAAUUGAUAGUCACCGAUAGACUGGAGCUCAAAAGAGGCAAGUAUCCAGAUGAGAUUUAAACCCGGCACAGAAUUUCAAUCUGACAUUAAUUUCGGUCGGAUGUGCUCACAUCUCACUUUCGUUCUUCCUAGUCGGGGAAAAGUCUAAAACUUGGUUCACUGGAAUUUUGUUUCUUCUUGCACAAACGUAUUUGAAAAUUAUGUUGCACCAAUUUCAGGUUAAGAGUUACCAAAAAGUAGAGAUAUUGUUCCAGUUAAGUGCGAGCCGGUCAGUUUCUCAUUAAAUCUUCUACGCUGGCAUUGUCAACUUACAGCAACAUCUACCGAUCUUUUACAACGUAAGCCGACACUACAUGCUGCAAUAUAGAUUUAAUCAACUACUGUGCUGUUACAUUUUCGCUGUACCGCACUUCAAUUAACUGAGCUGUAAAUACCAGAGAGAGAAUCUGCGAGAAACGUGCCUUUGGAACGGCGAAUUGUCUGAAUUCAAAUUCAGAAUAAAAUUAUUCUCCACGGCAGAAAAGUGUUUGUUGUUGCUUGAUGUAGAAUCCGCCGAAGUUUCAGGCAGCCUCACAGCACAUUAUUACAAAGACGAAGUAAUGAAAAUUUCUAUCAGAUGUUGUGCGAUAGGGCGAGGUUUAGUUCGCACUGUCACCACAAAUCAAGGUUAAAAAUCAACCGUAGUUGAAAAAUGCGGCUAAGAAGCAGCUCCGGCGUAAUCUUACACAGCCCAUAUUGUUGAACGAAUGUCACCGUAUGACACCUGUUUAUGGGAGAGUGCCGUAGAAAAGAAUAAAUUUACCAAUUCGGCGUACAGAGUAAGUACUCAAGCCGCUAUAAUUGCAUUUGAGAGUGUUGGGAUUGAUAUCCACUUUCAGUUACCCAGAUACAUUCCACGCUUUCCCUAAACCGUUUGAGGCAAA